AUGGCUUCUUCUCAAGAGAGUGUAAGCUGGCGCGAUAUGCCCAGAAAAGGACAACUGUCUGUUCUUUUUCUCUUGCGCUUCGCGGAGCCCAGUGUUAGGUCGUCGGCCUCUCUAAAAAAUCUGGACUCUUCACUCUCAUCUGGGGAAAUUGUUACCCAGUCGGCCACAGUAUCAACUGCGUAUAUUAUUGGACAAUGUCUGUCAUCGAUCUGGAUUAGCGAGCUUGCAGACUCCCCAAAAUGCGGUCGCAAGAAGGUUCUCCUGCUGGGCACUGCAGCUUCAAUCAUAAGUUCUUCACUCCUAGGGCUCACCAGUCAUUUCUACCAACUUGUAGUUCUAUGGGGUCUGGAAGGUAUUUUCAAUGGAAAUGUAGCAACGGCCAGAACUGUAAUAACUGAGAUCGUUGGCGAGAAAAGAUUCCUAUCUAGAGCUUUUGUGAUGACCACUAUGGCUGCUACCCUCUCCACUCUCUUGAGUCCAAUUCUAGGAGGUCAACUGGCCACCCUGGCGAGCAGCAAUCCAGAAAGAUUUGCGAACAACUCAUUUUUGAAGAAGUAUCCUUACGAAUUACCUGCUUUAGUCAAUGCAUCAAUGUUAACUCUAACAUUCUUGGCUAUAUUCUUCUUCCUCGAAGAGACACAUCCACAAAAGCGGGGUGACCCCGAUAUUGGCCUAGCAAUUUCAAAAAAACUACUUUCUUGUUUCCAAAAGAAGAAUCAGAGUCUCACUUAUCAACCUUUGAACGACGAUAAUUCAACCGAAAUGGAGGCUGUGCCUUUUAUGGAAGCAAAUGACGCGGACGCGGAGCACUUGGAAAACUUGGAAAACGAAGGCAAACACUGGAAGGAAGGGAGAGGGGGGAGCAGGUCGAUCACUCCCGUCCCCGGCAAGACGAAGGCGCCCCCAUUCCUGCCGCUCCGACGGAUUUGGACCCAGAAAUUCGUCCUCAUGCUAAUGGUAUCUGCUAUACACGACUGCCACAUAGGAGCGUACACCAUACUCUGGGUCAACUUCCUCAGUGAUCCUCCAGCAAACGGUGCCCACGACUCCCUACCGUUCCGCUUUUCUGGCGGUCCGGGAAUGACACCUUCUGAGAUUGGCCUUACGUUGUCGAUUGUUGGUGCUUGUGGCCUGCCAAUUCAGUUCUUCGUGUAUCCUAAAGUCAUCCACAAGCUAGGAGCUCUGAGAUCCUGGCGUCUUUUCAUGCGAGGGUUACCCAUCAUCUACAGUGUCGCUCCGUUCGUUGCUGUCGUCAGUAAGCUCACUAAAUCGUCGACGAACCAGCCUGGGCAGCCUCCAGCAGUCUGGAUACUCAUUGCUCUGAUACAAGUCACACUGAUCUUCUGCGCUGCCUUCGUGACACCCACGGCGUUCAUGCUUGUCAGACUUGCAUGCCCUCAUCCAUCGGCCCUGGCGCGGACACACAGCAUUUCAUAUGUGGCCAGCGGGGUUUUCCGUGCUCUCGGGGCAUCCCUCGGAGCUCUUGUUUACAGCUACGGGACGUCUCACUCAAUGACCGGUUUGGCUUUCUGGGUGGCAGCAGCCGUGAGCGCCUGCGUGUGUUGUCUGGCUAUGGCUUGUAAAGAAGGCGAUGGGCACGAAAUUCGGCUUGACGGAGACGAAGACUGA